AAGAGGUUGGCCAAUGAGAGGAUGGCAUAGUCCAAGCAGUCCACCAAUGGGAGGGUGAUGUUCCUGCCCUCUCCAACUGUCUCAGCAGCGCAACCUGCAACCUCGUGCUCUUGCAGUUUGACAUCUUCCUUGUAACCUGCCUGAAAAGGUCCCUUCGAAGCCUCUUAAGGGAUGCAGGAUGGCAGGCCCAGACUCCCCGCAGCACUCUUGGGCCUUCCCCACUCCUCUCCUCCCAGGAGUGGAUGGGAGGGGAGGCUUUUCCGCUCAAAAAUAACAUAUUUAAAUGUUACUUUAAAAUUUCAAGUAUCGGCAAUUUGAACAUCCCUCUCCCUUUCCCCAAGUUGUGGGUGCUGAGGAGAAACAUCAACCUCCUCUAUCGUCUCACCUUGUCUCUCAGAGGCAUGACUCUGCUCUUUGCACUAGGGUGCAUCUUCUUCCCAUUGUGCUUCGCUGUCCUACGCUGGGGCCUGCAGAUGCACGCCAGCCUGCAGAUGGGGAGGCAGGAGGCUGUUCUGGUGGCAUCCAAGCUAGUGUCUUCUGUCCAAGCCAUCAUGGCCUCCACAGCUGGCUACAUCGUCUCCACCUCUUGCAAGCACAUCAUUGAUGACCAGCACUGGCUCUCCUCGGCCUACACGCAGUUUGCAGUGCCCUACUUCAUCUACGACAUCUAUGCCAUGUUCCUCUGUCACUGGCACAAGCACCAGGUCAAAGGGCACGGAGAGGACGGUGGAGGCACCCGAGCCCCGGGCAGCACCUGGGCCGUGGUGCGCGGCUACCUGCACAAGGAGUUCCUGAUGGUGCUCCACCACGCCGUCAUGGUGCUGGUGUGCUUCCCGCUGUCAGUGGUGUGGCGACAGGGCAAGGGAGAUUUCUUUCUAGGCUGCAUGUUGAUGGCGGAGGUCAGCACCCCCUUCGUCUGCCUUGGCAAGAUCCUCAUCCAGUACAAGCAGCAGCACACACUGCUACACAAGGUGAACGGAGCCCUGAUGCUGCUGAGCUUCCUGUGCUGCCGGGUGCUGCUGUUCCCCUACCUGUACUGGGCCUAUGGGCGCCACGCCGGCCUGCCCCUGCUCGCCGUGCCCCUGGCCAUCCCGGCCCACGUCAACCUGGGCGCCGCGCUGCUGCUCGCCCCGCAGCUCUACUGGUUCUUCCUCAUCUGCCGUGGGGCCUGCCGCCUCUUCCGGCCCCGAGGCUCCCCGCCGCCCUCUCCCUGUCAGACCCAGGACUGA